CCUUCACUGUUCCUCUCUCUGACCUCUUCAUCGGACUCUCUCUUCUUGGAUCUCUCGUGCAGUGCAUAAAGAGAAGGAAUGGGUGUGUUUUGAUGCACCUUCUCCAUACUAUGAAGAGACACAAAGGAGGGUUCAGGUUGGGCCGCCGUCUCUCGAGGAUAUGGCGAUGCGUCUCGCGGCUCGGCCGACGUCGCGACCACACCCGGCCCUUGAUGGAGAGCUCCACGGCUACCACGAGGCUCGCCCACUGGGGCCGGAGCAUCUGCCGCCGCCUACGACGCAGACCCCACCUCGGCGACCGGGCUCCGCUCCUGGAGGAGCAGAGGCGGCCGCCCAAGGGGCACAUCGCGGUGUACGUGGGCGGGGGGCGGAGGUACGUGGUUCCGGUGAUCUACUUCAACCACCCCUUGUUCGGGGAGCUUCUGCAGGAGGCGGAGGAGGAGUUCGGGUUCCACCACCCCGGCGGCAUCACCAUCCCCUGCCCCGCCGCAGAGUUCGAGCGCGUCCGAACCCGGGGUCGCAGCCGCCGGCGCCCACCUUUGCCGAAAGAGCAGAAGCAGAUUCAUACUGUCCUAAGCCAUUCCCAAAACUUGGCCAUUCUUUGACCUCCGCCUGCUCCUCCUCCGUUGCUGAUGGCACGCUUGUACAUGUCCAUCACAAUCACACAGCAGCGAUUACAGUGCAAAUCUUCUUCGAAAGAUGUCUAAGCUUUUCUCCUUUUGGACUGAGAGAUGUGAAAUGUAA